AUGACACAAAGGGUGGAUGCACAAGGAGGAAAUGGAGGAGGUUCUUGGGACCAUGGCAUUAACAGUGGUAUAAGAAAAAUUUAUGUGGGAAGAGAUGACACUUGUAUUAGUUAUCUCAGGGUCGAAUAUUUCAGUGAUGGUACGGUGAAGUCACAUGCGCAAGGUGCCCAGAUUCACAAACCACAAGAGUUUGUUGUUGACUAUCCAAAUGAAUACAUCACAUCAGUCGAAGGAACUUACGCUGUUGCUUACAUUACUGCUAUUGUCGUAACGUCGCUUGUCUUCAAGACAUCAACGGGAAGAGUAUCUCCGAGAUUCGGAAACCCUGGAUUCGUGCUUGAGAAUAAUGGUCGGAGGCUUGUAGGGUUCCAUGGGAAAUCCGGUGACGCUCUAGAUGCCAUCGGAGCUCAUUUUGCACCGGACACAUCAUCAUCGAACUGGGCUCCGCCUAGGAAACUUGCCGCGCAAGGUGGUCCAGGAGGAGGAAUGUGGGACGAUGGAGUUCACAGUGGUGUAAGAAAAGUAUAUAUUGGAAGUGAUGGGAGUUGUGUAUCUAAAGUCAAAUUCGACUAUGUCAGCGCGGACGGUGAAUUAGAAACACGUGAGCAUGGCCGGAUAAUUCAACAUCCACGAGAGGAAAAUUUGAAAUGUUAUCUUGGUCAAUAUUUUUUGUGCAUUGGACCUGGAAGGAACAACUGGAAGGACUCCUAUUUAUCAUCAACCGUCGUCACGAGUCUGGCCUUCACAACAUCAACAGGAAGGACUUCGCCAACAUUUGGAGCUACUAAGUUUGUGCUGGAAGACAAUGGUCGUCAGCUUGUUGGCUUCCAUGGCCGAUCUGGAAAUGUUAUUGAUUGCAUCGGAGCACAUUUUGCUCCUGUGCCACCACCUUCUUGA